AUGACAUUAGUUUGUUUUUUACUUAAUAGUUUUGCCUGGUUUUUAAAAAAAUACGGUGUAACUGAAAAGGAAUUAUGUCUUUAAAAUCGCCUAUUUAUUUUUUGCCUUAUCUUGUGAUCAUCCAACAUCUUUUGUGCGGUAUUAAAAAAAAAAUUAAAAGAGAUAAAAAUCUGAUCAAAGCAUCACUUAAAGGCAUACAUUAAAAAAGUGUGGACAAUGGAGUUGUAUUUAGACAACGCAUAUAUUUUUAUCGCGCUUGUUUUUUAAAAAAAAAACUUUAUCAACCCCUAACUGAAGCAUUCUACGUUUCCGGGAAACUGCCCACCUACCCCUCCCCUAAGCUAACAUUUUGCCCAAAGUGAAAAGUAAGUGUUCGCUUAGGGGAGGGGUAGGUGGGCAAUUUCUUAGGAUAAUGAUCCAUUCCGGUCGGGUUUAUUUAUUUGCAGUAUUUACUUUUAAUAAAAUGGCAAGGGACGUUAUUUGAACUUUUGAAUAGUGCUUUAAACAACCCAAUAAAAACAAUUGAAUGGCGAACACAAGGUGAUUCAAUAACAAUGCGCGUCCAUUCAUUCUAAGGAACCUUCCCCCAAAUUUGAAGUGAAAUCCUUACAAUUGCAGAAAAUUCAAAGUGUUUGGCUCCAUUAUUCUAGCGUCAGGUGACAGGAAGCUCUCGAAUUAGAUACAAGUCUACAAGCGUAGCUCACUGAGCCUGCUGACAGUAUUCUGGCUCUAAUAAUUGUAUUAGCACCUGUACGUGACUAUUGCAUACAUUAAGGAGAUAGAUAUAGCUAAUAGUGAAAAUAUUGAAAAUGUGGUCUAAUAAAAAUUUAACUGUUUUGACGAAAAAUUUAUUAAAUUAAGUAAUGAAUGGACGUGACAUACUGCUAAUGUUGUUUUUUUUUUAAUUUGUAGCAAAUCCAAGCUAUGAUGAAGUCCUGAUGCAACAAAUCAAAAUUAGUAUGCAAAGAUGGUAGAGAACUUUGAAUAACGUUAGUUUGUUUUUUGUUAAUGGUGCUUGGCCGAAUAAGAACAAUUGAAAAGUGAGGCCAGGUGAUUCAAUAGCAAUGCACGUACAUGCUUCCUUUGAGGCACGUUUCCCUUAAUCUGACCUGAAAUGUUUAUAGUCACAAGUCCAAACCGCCUGACCUGCAUUAUCCAAGGGUUAUGGAGUUGGAAGCAUUCGAUUCGCAUUUAAUUUAUAACUGAACUUGAAGAGGCCACAUUGUUUCUCUCGCUCUGUACUUAGCCUGCGAGCGGGCUCACUUGGGCAAAUUUGGGGAAAAUGUUUGCGGCGGAGCCACCAACGGUGGGGAACGGCUCCGCCACCGAAAGUUUCCCCGAAUUUGGACAAUUGAGCGUGCUCGCAGGCUACUUAGUACUCGUUUUGUCGCUCCCAAGGCGAACUUCAAAUUGAGGCACCCAGUUUUUUGUGCACCCCAGUGAAAGACCAUGGAAAAAGUUUGCAGGGCACUGUUGAAUGUAGAAAAUAGAACAAUAAGGACUACACCCUUUGGAGUCAAUAAUUGUGUGCAUUAACGAUAUACAAACGAUUAAGGGCGCUUUCCAUAAGUUAUAACUAGCCUGCUAGACCGGUCAAGAUGUAAAGAGAAUUCCUCUUUUUAAUCACUAGCAUUCAGCCAGAUCAUUCUAUUCAUAACGGGUAUGCUCGGCAGUGGUGGGUCUUCAGGGAAAUUUCGAGAAAAGACUGAUCCGGCCCCAGUUCUGACUUUUGAUAAGCGCCCUAGGAUCUCAGUAGCUAAAAAUGGAAAAAAACUGGAAAUUUGGUUCGGUAAAAUAGAAGUGCUUUGACGUAAAAUUCAUAAGUAAAGUGAUGAAUGAACGGAGUGUACCAUUUUAAAAAAAGACUAUUUGAAUGAAUAUUAAAUAUGCGGCAAUUCAAUUUAGUACUUAAAGAUGGUAAACUACUACACAUGUCGAUAUGACUAUUAUUGAAAACUGUACGCCCUAUUUUCCUAUGGCCAACGAUAUCGGUGUUUAAUAAAAGUUUUUGUUAGAAAUAGGAAAUUGGAUAAAGGCUUACCUUUAGUUGGGGACAUACAACAAAAAAACUGUGAACAAUGGACUUUUAUUUGGACAACGGAUGUGGAGAAAAGACCAGACAUUUUAUUUCAUUUGUUUUGGGAAAAAAAUAUAAGUCAACAUGCCUAAUCUGACAGUAGCGAGCAGAUGAACUCCAUCUAACUUUUAAGGGUUUUGUUUAUUUUCAGUGAUUGCUUUCACUAAAAUGUCAGGAAUAAUAUUUGCACUUUUCAGUAGUGCUUUAGACAACUCGGUAAUAAUUAUUGAAUUGCGAAUAAGGCUAUUUAAAUCAAUAGCAGCAGUCACGUCCAUAUAUCGUAUUUAAGACACGAUCCCCAUAAUCUGACGCAUAUCCAAACCGCUUUACAUGCAUUAUAACAGCGUUAUGCAACAGGAAGAAUUCGAAUUAGAUACGAGAAGCCUACAAGAGGUCACUAUGCAUACUGCUGUUCUCGCUCUAACAACCGUUUUAUCACUUACAGGAAAUUCUCUUGUUUGCCUCGCCUUUUACCGAAACGGGAGGUUACGUACAGUCACCAAUUUCUACGUCCUUUCACUGGCCAUCGCUGAUUUAAUACUGGCUGUAUUUGUAGGUUGUUCAAGCACACUUGCUUCAGGAUUGCGCAGGUGGCCAUUCCACUAUAACUUUUGCCAAUUUGCUGGUUUUGUUGCAGCUUUAUGGGGUCAGAUAUCAACUUCCAUUCUGGCGCUGGCGUCAAUAAAUCGCUACUAUUGCGUUGUAAAGGCCCAAAAAUACUCGACGUUGUUUAGUCGAAAGAAGACGUUUUCGUCGAUUUGUGUUGCGUGGAUUUUUUGCCUUUUUCAGACUCUGAUAUGGUUCGCAGCUCCUGUUGUAUACAAAUGGUCGCCUUACGAACUAUUUUGCCGUUCGACUUUUAAUGAUGGCCAAAAGGAGAGAAUCUUCUACAUUUACUUUGGCUGCCUUUUUACCGUCCCUAUGUUGGUGAUAGGCUUCUGUUAUAAUAGAGUCUAUCGCAAAAUACGGCAGCAUAACAAAAACGUCAUCCAUUCAUUACAAGAAACACACAAGUUUGGAAUAAGUGCACAGGAAAUUAAAACAUCCCGGGUCCUUUUCGCUGCUGUCCUCGGAUUUAUCAUCUGUUGGGCUCCUUUUAUAGUGAUUUCAAUUUUAGUGUUUGGUUUUCAUAUUUCUAUUCCUCCAUCUGCUCAGUCGAUCUAUCCGAUCUUCUGCUUCAUUUCGUCGUGGAUUAAUCCUAUCAUUUAUGGUGUGAUGAACAGAGCCAUGAGGCAGGAGUUUCAGAGUAUACUUGGGCUGUCGUAUCCAGAGUCAUCAAAUAACUAA